AAAAAGUGUUAUAUUACUUGAUGAUUGAUGAGACUGUUAAUAGAAUUCAAAUAAAGGAGGACAAAACACAAAAGUUGUGUACGCGCCCACCCCAUUUUUUCCUCAUGUACGUAUAUAUUCAACUCAUCACUCUUCUAUAAAUAAAAACCAAACUCACAAGCCAAAAAUAUAAUUCAUAAACAAACCCAGCUAGAGUUAAGCAAUCUCAAAACCCCCCAUUCUUUUCCCUCUCUCCCUCUUUACUCUUAUCACACUCAUCUUUAGCCAUUCUCUUGAAAAUGACUCUUAGAGACUACAUAAAUUUUUCACUAAUUAUAGUUUUAGCACUCCUUUCUGCUUCUCCAAACACUGUUUUUGCUUAUUCUCUCGAAGAAGUCAAAUCAUGGUGUAGCCAAACACCCAAUCCCCAACCAUGCGAGUAUUAUCUAAGCACUUCCGACUUUAAUAGCUAUCACACUCAUGGGAGCAUUAAACAAAAUUCCGACUUUUUUAAAAUAUCAACCAAGGCCGCCCUGGACCGGGCCGUCUCAGCCCACAACGGCGUCGUUUCACUCGGGCCCAAAUGCCGUAACCCAAGUGAGAAGGUAGCUUGGGCCGAUUGUCUCGAGCUCUACGAGUACACAAUUCAAAGACUCAACGAGACCACUUCCAAAACUGAUGACAAGUCAUGCACCAAAGAUGAUUUCCAGACUUGGCUAAGUACGGCUCUAACUAACCUCGACACGUGUCUUUCUGGGCUUGUUGAGAUGGGAGACUCAGACAAUCUCCUGCCGUUGAUUAAGUCAAAUAAUGUUUCUAAAUUGAUUAGUAACACUUUGGCUAUAAACAAACCAGCUUCUGCUGCUACUGGGUCCAACACUAAUAAAGAUGGGUUCCCUAGUUGGGUGAGGCCUGGUGACCGAAAGCUCUUGCAGUCCACGUCAUCACCGGCUUCUCAGGCCAAUGUUGUGGUGGCGCAAGACGGCUCCGGCAACUAUAAGACGAUAAAAGAGGCGGUGAGCGCGGCUGGGAGUGGAAAAGGGAGUGGCAGGUUUGUAAUUUACGUGAAAUCAGGGACCUAUAAGGAAAAUAUUGAAAUAAAGAAAAAUAAUAUUAUGUUGGUUGGAGAUGGUAUUGGGAAGACUAUUAUUACCGGAAGUAAAAGCGUCGGAGGUGGUUCUACCACUUUCAAUUCAGCCACUGUUGCUGUUGUUGGAGAUGGAUUUAUUGGGCGAGACAUUACAUUCCGAAACACAGCCGGGCCAUCCAAUCACCAAGCCGUGGCAUUACGAUCGGGUUCGGAUCUAUCCGUUUUCUAUAAAUGUAGCUUUGAAGGUUACCAAGAUACCCUUUAUGUCCACUCCGAUAGACAAUUUUACAGAGAAUGUGACAUUUACGGUACUGUUGACUUCAUAUUUGGUAACGCUGCAGUUGUUUUCCAAAAUUGCAACAUCUACCCACGUAACCCACCCAACAAAACCAACACCAUAACCGCCCAAGGCCGAACCGACCCGAACCAAAAUACCGGGAUUUCUAUCCACAAUUGUCGGGUUACUGCGGCUUCGGACUUGAAAUCGGUCCAAGGCUCGGUUAAAACUUACUUAGGGAGACCCUGGAAGCAGUAUUCAAGGACUGUUUUCAUGAAAACUAGCCUCGAUAGUUUGAUCAACCCCGCGGGUUGGUUGGAGUGGAGUGGCAAUUUUGCCCUCAACACUUUAUAUUAUGGCGAAUAUGCCAAUACUGGACCCGGUUCAUCUACAUCGAAUCGGGUUAAGUGGUCUGGUUACCGUGUAAUUACUAGUGCAUCAGAGGCUUCAAAAUUUACUGUGGGUAAUUUUAUUGUGGGUGGCUCGUGGUUACCAGCUACCAAUGUGCCUUUUACCUCUGGCCUUUAAUUUCUAUGCACUCCUUUUCUAUAAUUUGUAUAUUGUAUUUACUUUUGUUCUACCACGUCAUAAUUAAGAUUAGUCUUGGUUAUUUAUUGUAUUUUAUUAAUUAUUUGUAUUUUUCAAAUAAUAAGUGAUCAAAGUUCACUUACGUCAUUAAUAAUAUAUAAGAAGGGUAUUGUACGUAA